UGCGAUUCCUGUUUACAAACAGCAACCUAGCGACUCGUCUAAUCAUGAGGAAUGCUAGUUUAGCUGAUUAGUAACUAAAAUUGAGGAUCUUUAUCUUUCUUAUAUACACUCUAAUUACCCAUUAAACUUGACAGCCUAUACUAUCAUAGAUGAUGAAGAUCUAAAUACUAAAUUUAAAAUACUGUAAAUACUCAUACUGUAAACUUGAAACUACUGAGUGACUGUAAAUUAGUGUAAAUACCAAAAGUCUGAAAAGUUAAAGUUAAAGUGUAAACACACUCACACUGUAAAAGUUACUAAAAGUAAGAGUUGAUUUCAUGUGACCACACAAACCCAGUUGCAUAUUUUGCCACAUCUAAUUGAGAUAAAGCUGUUUUCUGCAAAGAGGGUCUAUCACUUAAUAAAGGUCACAGAGAGCAGCCAGUUGCUAUGGCUGAUGAAGAAACAUUACCACUUGUUGUUGAAAUAUCUCGACCCACAAGAGAAGCUUGGGGGCCAACAAAUGAAACUGAUGAUAAUGAAGACAUUUAUACAGACAAUGAAGGUGAGCCUGAUAAUUCUACUGAGGAGCAGGUGACACAAACAACAAAUUAUAAGCCCCGUAACGGCCAGAGAAAAGUGGACAUGACGCCGCCUGAGGACAAUUUAAAACGUUCAGAGAAACUGGCCAAACAGUACUCAUUGAAAAACAAAGCUGAUAAAGCCAUUCGAGAAUUGAUCAAAUGUAUGGCUUACACAAGGAUUAUUUAUGGACCCUCUCACUGGAAGUAUGCACAGAGCAUAGCCAACUUAGCCGAAGGCUACCUUGACUUAAAAAAUUACUGGGCUCAAGCAGAGCAUCACGCUGACACUGCACGUUCCAUCCUGCUCCAUGGAAGCCAUUUGGCCUCUUCAAUGGAAGAGAAAGCCUCGUUGUAUUCAGUUCUUAUUCAAAUUUAUGGAAUUAUUGGCCGAGCUUCAACUGCAUUAAAGAAAUAUCCAGAAGCUGAACAGGCAUUACAAAAGGCUGACAAAAUCUUACAGGAAAGGGCCAAGUUGUCAUGUGUGACUGACAGAGAAUGUAAUUUACUGGACAUAUCUUUAUACCAAUGCAUGGCCAGAUUGUAUGCCAAAGAGAAGAAGCAUGCACUUGCCUGUGAGAAAUAUGAUAAGAUUCUUGAACUCUCGACCAAAGAGUUUGGACCUGACAGUAAACAAGUUAUGCAAACGUACACAGAAUAUGGACAGCUUGAACAGUCUAAAGGCAAAUAUGCUAACCAUGAUAAGGUCAUUGACCUCUUUCUAAGAGCACACUCUAUAGCUUCAGCUAUUCACAAAGAGGGUCAUCCUGACCUUAUUGACACAGCCUUGAACCUAUCUCAGGCUCAUGCAGGGACAGGAUUAGAGGAAUCUGAAAGCUCAGCUUUAAGUUACAUGGAGGACUGCCUGAGAUCAUGUACAACCAUUCAUGGCCCCAGCCAUGCCAAGACAUUAGAAGUGCAAGAACAAUUUGCUAAGAUGUUACUCAGGAUGGACAAGACAAGUGAAGCUAUGCAGAUUCUACAGUCAAGUCUGCCAUCUAAAUGUGAAGUGUUUGGAGACUACUCAGAGCAGGUGGCUGACACCUACAAACUUAUAGGCAGCAUUUAUUUGACUCAGGGAAAUAUUGAAAAGGCUUUACUCACAUAUAAAAAGUGUCAUACCAUUGAAUCUCUGUUGCUCGGUAAGAACCACAGAAAAACUAAAGAUACACAGCAUACAAUGGAGAUUUUAUUAUCCAAUCCCAACUUAUCUCAUACUUUUGUCUUGAACAAAGAAGAUCAACUGCUGAAAAGGCCAAGGUUUUGUAAUGUUGUUGGCAGAACAAAAUAACUGAUACUCAGAACUUGGAAAGAAAGAUACUGUUGAUUCCGCAUCAAUAAAGUGACAGGACCAAUCAUUUUAAUGCUAAUUUUUUAAUAGAAAUUUUAAUGUGCAUUUGAAUAAACACUGCUCACCAUAAUUAACAAUUUAUAUUUUGAAAGUUACUUGACAAACUUCAGACAUUUUUAUAUUCCCUUCUAUCCAAAGAACAAGAGUGUAGCUUAUGCAUGUGGUUACUGAUAGUUGCAUCAGAUUUAUUUAACAAAGAGAUUGAUCUUGCUUUGUUUUGUUCAUUUGAAAGAGUGUCAAAACCCAGUUGCAAGCCAGCGAUAAAUAUUAGAUCACAUUGAUUCAUUUGUACAAUUUUGUCAUGUGCCUGCACUUCUAAGUUCUAUGGUUACAGUGUUUAAAAUGUGUGCUGCAGUUUUCUGGACAAUCAGAUCAUCGCAAUCUUCAUUUCAUUAACUUGAUGCUGAUGGAAUCCUCAUGUCCUGUUUAAAGCUCUGCACUUGUUAAUCUUUCAUCAUUUUAAAAAAUAAAUGCUUACUGUAACAUUUCUCUCAUCUGUCACUUGGCUUUCGUCGUAGGGGUGCUGUGACCAGUUCGUGCAACUAAAAGUCUCUCCACUUCUCUUGGUCAGCAACUGUUUUUAGCAGGAUAUCAAAUGAUAAGCCGGUCAAUUCUUUAGCGUUGUCCAGCCAACUUUUGUUUGGAUGACCCUUUCUUCAUACUCCUUCCACUAUACUAUGAAAAAUGACUUUUGGCAGUGAGUCUUACAAUGUGACCAAACUAGCUCAGCUUUCAUCUCUCACAGGAUUGAGGUGUUCCUCCUUUUUGCCAGCCAGAGAGUUGACUUGUAAAAAUGAAAACUCUUUGUCUUCUUUUCCUGGUAUCUGAUACCCAGCAUUUUUCUGUAGAAUUUACUCUCAAAGGCUUGAAUUCUCCUUUCAGCCUCAGCUUGUCAGUGUCCCACUUUCACAACCAUAUUGGAGUAGGGUAUAACUGCAUCAAUCAGUUGGAAAAUCACGACUAGAUCAGCAAGUGAGCUAAAAAAAAUUAAGAUGUAUGUAUGUAGUGGCUCAAUGAACUUUUUUUUUAUGUCUGUUCUCUUUUUGUGGAAUGUUAAGUCUUUUCUCUUUUUGUAAUGGUCUUUCUCUUUUUGUGGAAAUUGUUUGGUCUUUUUUCUCUUUUUGUGGAAUUUUUAUUUUAAUUGAAAAAAAGACUUUGUAAUCAUAACACAUUUCCGAUAAAGAUUUAUAAAGCUGUCUUUAGUCCUAUGAUCACAUUGACCCCUAUUACAACUCAAACUACUGCCCCAAUUCGUUUGCAAGACUUCACUGUUUUCUUUUAUUUAAUGAAUUAAUUUAUAUUUAGAUUGAAUUUUUUAUGUAUGCGGAAUAUUUAUUUGUGUAAUGUCUAUUAAAUAUGUAUCUAGGCCUCUAUGUAGAAUUGUAAGUGUAUAUAGUUUGUCGCUGCAACUGAAAUGUUAGGAAGUUAGUAAUCUGUUCGAUUUAAAUUGAAUAAAAACAAUGUUAAAGAAAAUUAUUGUUUCUGGAAAUAUGUGACUAAGUAAAGCAGGCUAUUUUGUUCAAGAAAUUGAAACAAGAUUUGUUUCAUU